AUGCAGGGCCUGCCAGAAGAGAGCACUCAGCGGAUGAGAAGGGGGGGAUGCGGCGCAUCAUUUGCGGCUUCCCAUCCGUACUGGCUACGAUCUGCAUCGCCGCGCUGCUCAUCUAGAUUCGCCGACAGGCACAACCACAAGGAAUAUUCCGUAGUACGUUGCCAAGCCUGCCAGACGCAAGUCUCGGAACAAGAGCACGCGACCGGGCCCGCAGAUCCAGGGCCAAGAUGGGCUGCCGCGAUGGGAUUUUUGUUGCCACGAUUCCGAGAGACCCAUCCUCACCCGUCCGAUCGCUUGUCCGUUGCCGCCGUAUACUCUCAGGCGAAUGACUUCAAAUGGCUGGGGGAGGGUGUAAGCAGCGCAUGGGGUAGCGAAGGUGCAACAGGAAGUGUUCUGUGCACAACCGCCUGCCGCGCUUCCCGCGGGAUCGGCACAUUCUGGAAUGUCGGCCAAAGAGAACGACAGGUUCUUGAGAUCAACAUUUCCUAUUUUCAGCAGCAGUCCGGGGCCGCCCAAGCUGAGCAAGAUUUGUCGUUGGCGAUCGAUCAAGCUCUGCCGGCAGGAAGCGGCUCGGAUAACUAA